GCUUCUAUAUGUGAUAUGUUGUGUGUUUGACGCAGAAUUUAAUCUAUGAAUGAAUGCGACUAAAUCCGGAUUUAAUGAUGUUUAUAAUCUUGUAUAAAGGGCGAUUCAAUUAUAAUAAUAAUACAUCUGCCAGAAGCAUUGUCCAUGGGCAUUGAGUUGAAAUAACAUGACUAUUUUGGAUAGCACUAUCCAGAAAUUGGGAUAUCGAACAUUAAUAACAAAAUUACACGUUUUUCAAAUAAUUCGUAUUUUGGGUGUAUUGCAACGAUCACGUGAAAUGGACGGCGGUAGUAAUGCUCAGAGUAUAAGCGCAACACGUCUGCGCAUGCGCACAUGAACGAAAUUGUCGAGGAUAGAUUCAACAAAACUUAACGCGUAACUUUGUAAAGAUUUAACUACUGCAAAUCAUAUUAAUGUAUGUUUAAUUGUAAUUUUUGUGUAUUUACUACUGUAAAGGCAGUGUGUUUUCGCCAUUUGAAUAUAAUAUAUUUUUAUUAGAAUAAAACGAGGAGGCCUAUAAGAAAUAUUUGUAUUUUGAUAUGCAGUCAAAUCCCCAUGAUGCAACUGAUCAGUAAUAAACUAUGUAAAAAAUGUCAACUUAAACGUCAACUUAUUAUGAAUGCAAUAACCAAUUUCAACACUCUUGCAACAGCAAAAAAAUUCUGCUUUGAAUAAAUGACCAUAACCACGUGACCAUUUCCAGUCCAGUUGGGUGUUUUACGGUAAUACGGUUCACAUGUUGAUGCCUUCACUCUUACCUUCACCUUCAAAGAUCUUUCGACAGAGAGCAGAAUCAAAUCAUGUCACUUCACAACAUCCACACAGAAGCUCUAAUAGGCUCUGCAGCACUGGGGUUAAUACUUGUGACGGGGUUUUAUGUGGGAAAACGUCAAUCAAAAUUGUCAAGAAUGUCGAGUAAAAGCCACGUGGGAAGAAAAGAUGAUCCAGUGAUGCAUUAUCUCCUGAAUCACUCUCUGAGAGAACACCCGGCUCUUAAAAAACUGCGUCUGAAAUCUAUGGAGCAUCAGCUGAACUUCAUCAUGGUUGCCUGUGAGCAGUCACAGUUUAUGGCCAAUCUGGCCAGAUUAAUCAAAACCAAGAAAGCUAUUGAAAUUGGUGUAUAUACAGGCUAUAAUGCGUUGAAUAUUGCUCUCGCUCUGCCUGAAGAUGGGAAAAUCAUUGCCUGUGAUGUGAAUGAGGAAUUCACAAACAUUGGCAGACCUUUCUGGAAAGAGGCUGGUGUUGAGCACAAAAUAGACCUGCGUCUGCAGCCUGCAGUGAAAACACUGGAUGAGCUGCUGGCUGCAGGUGAAGCAGAAACAUUUGAUUUCGUCUUCAUCGACGCUGAUAAAGUCAAUUAUGACAACUACUAUGAGAAAUCUCUCAAGCUGGUCAGGAAAGGAGGAAUCAUCGCCAUAGAUAAUGUCCUGUGGAGCGGUCAAGUGGUGAAUCCAGCUGAUGGAGACGUGGACACCAUUAGCAUCGAUAAACUGAACAAGAAGCUCCACAGAGACGUCCGAAUCAAUCUGAGCAUGCUCACCGUGGGCGACGGGCUGACGUUAGCAUUCAAACUCUGAGUUCAUCAAAGCGAACAGUGCCAUGUCAGACAGAAAAACGUCUACCAGAAUCAAACUUAGUUCUAAAACCUAGUGAGCGGUCUAUGUGGGUGGCGUUUUAUGCGCACUCCUGAAGGCUGCUUUUGAAAAUAAGUUCAUCUUGGAGAAAGCCACAUGAGAAGGCAAUCCCAGAAUGCACUGUAACAAGCACGUGGAGCUGCUGCCUAUAUAGUUUUUAAAGCGGACCCUAAUCAGUCAGCAUCCUGAUUCAGUUAGAAUGCGGCCCAUGUAGUGGACGUUAAACCAGCUCGUCGGGUUUUAGAACGGAGCCAAAGAGUUUCAUUGGUAGACAAGUUGUAUUUUAAUAACUGAAACGUGACUAUAUGAAGGCAAUGUUUUGCAUUUUAAUGGUGCCAACUACAGUUUAUGAAGAUGGUGUUUAAAUGUGACAUUUUUAUGUUUUCAAUCAAAUAAAAUCUAACAAUCUGCUGG